ACAAGGUCUGCUCUGAAAUAUGUUGGGAACUUCGAAACCAGCUUCUCCGAGGGUAGUAGAAUGAAGCAUGUGUGCGUUAGAACUAAGGGAUGAGGGUGUAUUGUUGCUUGAGUGCAACAAUAUUCUAGUUGGGAAAAAAACCAGAGGGUUGCUGCGAAAAAAUCUACUUAAGGCAAGACAGAUGGAAGCCCUGCGACAGUUCGCAUUUUGAUUCCGGCCGAGUAACAUAACCUUCUCCGAAAAAAAUCUAAUCCAAAUCUUCCGUGAGUGAGUUUAUUUCAAUUGGAAUCUAAUCAGAAAAGACAUUAAGUGUGUGUUUGUAUAAAGUGGAACCAUGAUAAUGGAUAACCAUCAACGUUCAGAAUUGAUAAUCUCCGAGAAUCAUUCAUCAGCUCCAACGAGUGUUAAAUCUACGUCGUUGAAACGGUCUUUUGAUGUGGCGUUUUUAAUGAUGCCCGAUGAUCGAAUCAAGCAGAGGCAGCAGUUGGAGAAACAAGCCAGACUUGGAGACCGUCAAUACCCGACAGAUUUGUCACCUCGUCAGCAUGUCGAAACGGGGGAACUGUUUAAUAACAAUACCGAAAUUUCCCGACGGUAUUCUGGGCCUCAAGUGGUAGUUCGAUCUCCCCCGAGAAUUUAUGAUGACCCGACAAUUAUAGUGACACCUGACGUUCCUGAGAACCCAAAGAGUGCAUUUACCAAAGUCAAUCGUUUGGAGUCACCAGUGCCUCCACCGCUAAGUCCCGACCAGUUAAGCUGCCCAUCGAUGAGUCCGCCGAUAUCAACAACCCCACCACGUCCAAAUUCUGGACUCUACCAAAACUUUCGACCAGAAUACCAAUUCAAUGGAGCUUUUCAGUCAGUUAAUCAAGUCCAAGCACUUGCCGUUCAAAACCAACGAAUCAAGCAGCAAUUGAUGUACCGUCAUCCUGUUAGUGUUUCACCUGAGGGCUUUGUCUCAGCUUACCCAGGCUUUCCGUUCCCCAAUCCUGCAGCGCAUUCUUUUGCUCCCCAAGGAGAUAUCGGUGGAAUUGUACGAAGCCCUGCCGCAGCUGCUAUUCUUUCGACCCUAAUCCCACCCACACUUGCAUCGACCUUCUCCCUGACCGCUCAGAACGUUUGUGCCAAGUGUAAUAUUAGCUUCCGCAUGACAAGCGAUCUGGUGUAUCACAUGAGGUCUCAUCACAAAAGUGAAGUUGCAUGCGAUCCGAAUCGCAGAAAACGUGAGGAAAAACUUAAAUGUCCAGUUUGUAAUGAGUCAUUCCGGGAACGCCAUCAUCUCACUCGCCACAUGACUGCCCAUCAGGACAAGGAAAGCGAUCAAACUGCAACGGCACCUGUCACAUCUGCCGAUGAUUUCAACAAUCGACGAAACUCCAAGUGAUCCAAACCUUUUUUCGGAUACUUUUAAGUUAAAAGACGGCAUAAUAAAAGCUUGUCUUCCAUUUGUGAUAUUUUGUUUGAUGAUGAAGAGAGACGAAAAUUGAUAUGAGGUCGGUGUGGGCAGAGUGCAAUUUAUAGAUUUGUUUAAUAAUAUUUUCUGUUUUUAUUUGAAAAAAGCCUUCGAAAGGUUAAAAUUGGAUUUUAUUUUGUCAAAUCCAUGAAAAUAGAUA